AUGGGGAGGGGCAAGAAGUCCUUCUUUGCGUCCCUGUUCGGGAGCAAGAAGCAGGGCUCCGGCGGCGGCAGGCAGGAGGAGGCGGCGGCGGUGGCGAGUAGGCCACCGCAGAGGUACUACCCGGGGACGAGGGUGCGGCCGAGCGAUGACGACGACUACUACGGCCAGUACUGGUACGCCGAACGCGACAUCAACCGGAAGGCCUCUGAGUACAUUGAGAAGGUGCACCGUGGAAUGAUGGCCAGCGAACAAGACGGGUAG